AUGCAUAGGCCUGACAAAGGGGGAAGGGAUAAAGUUGAAACAAGGAAUCUCGAGGUGAACCAUUUCCUUGUUGAGUUUGACGAAGGCAGAGUAAUCUUCCACUACGAUGUCGACGUGAAGGCCAGGGGUACCCCCAGUUGGCCUCAGAAAAUUUCAAAGUUAUAUCUGUCGUUGAUUAGGAAGAAGCUAUUUUCCGAUCACAGGCUACCGAGUUCGGCGUACGACGGCGAAAGGAACAUCUUCAGCUCGGAGCCGUUGCCUGCAGAAACCUAUGAUGUGGACGUGUUCAUUGAUGGAGACGAAAGGCUCGUUGGCUACUCGGUCACUUUCAGACUCGUGAAGGUGCUUGAACUCCACAAAUUGAGAGAUUACUUGAGGCUUGGAUUUGGUAGUGAAAGAGAAUCCAAGCAGCGGUGUGAUUCGUUUGGGCGCUGCUUCUUCCCCAUGCAUAAUCCUAGAACUCCGAGAGACGUGAUAAUUCCAACUGAAGGGUUUCAGCAGAGUCUUAAGCCCACUUCUCAGGGCUUGUCCUUGUGCCUGGACUAUUCCGUUUCGUCGUAUGUUGGGAAGGAUAAACCGGUGUUGGAGUUUCUGCUCGAACAGAUUCCGAACUUAAAUUUGAAUCAGACCUCGACGUUCAAGAGCAAAGUUGAGACUCUACUUGUGGGGUUGAAAGUUAAUGUGACCCACCGGAGGACGAAGCAAAAAUACACUAUUACCAGGUUGACACGCAGGGCUACGAAGGAUAUCUCAUUCCCUGCUUUGGACUCUGAGGGACGGUAUACUGGAUGGACACCUUCUCUGGAUGGCUUCUUUUUACAGAAGUACGGCAAGAAGAUUCAACACGUAGACCUUCCUGCCUUGGAUUUUGGAGGCAACAAGAUGAAUUAUGUGCCUAUGGAGUUGUGUGUCUUGGUUAAGGAUCAAAGAUGCCCCAGAAAGAAUUUAUCGGACACAAAUGCUGCCACAGAGUUGACACGUAAGGCAGUGAUUCCUCCACCAAUGAGGCGAGACAAAAUAAGAGCUUUAGUAAAAUCAAAUGAAGGACCGUGUGGGUAA